AUGGACGAGCACGACGACGCCGCUUACGUCGCGUCGACGAAGCGAGCACCAAUAGACUCGAACUCGCCGCUUCGACUAUCUGGAGCUAUAUCGGCUGAAACCCCCAGAGACGGUGUCAUCGGCCCCCUCGACUUCACCACGUUUCGCAACGUGGUGGAUGGGAAGCUGGUCGAGUCUGGCUCGGGCAAGACUUACAGUACCUCGAAUCCGUCAACCCUUGAGGCCAAUCCCUGCCUGCCGCUCAGCACAGCCCAAGAUGCCGAUAUCGCCGUCGAGUCCACUCGCCGGGCGGCAGACAGUUGGGCCGAGACUCCUUGGUCGGACCGCAAGGAAGCUCUCGAGAACUAUGCUGCUACUUUCGAGGCACUGACCGACCAGUUCGCCAGACCACUGGUGAGGGAGAACGGCAAGCCACUGUUCUGGGCCCGGCUCGAAGUACAGAACUGCGUCAAAUGGAUCCGCGGUUUCUGCAGCCUAUCGAUCCCGGAGAACGUCGUCGAAAGCACAGUCGAGCGUCGUGUCAGAGAGCGCUAUACACCGCUGGGGGUUGCGGUCGGCAUCGUGCCUUGGAAUUUCUCUCUCAUGAUAUCGGUCGACAAAAUUGCCUCUACGGGUUCGGUCUCUACCGGAAGGAAGAUCUUGGAGCGCGCUGCUGGCACCUUCAAACGGGUAACGCUCGAGAUGGGCGGAAACGACCCAGCUAUCGUCUGCGCAGAUGUCGAUAUAGCAGCGAGUCUACCUGCCAUCACGAUCAUCUCGUUCGUCAACUCGGGCCAGAUGUGUAUGGCAGCCAAGCGAAUAUACGUCCACGAGUCUAUCUACGACACGUUCCUCGACGCACCCAUCACCCAUGCCGCUCAGUUUGAACGCGUGAAGGCGCUGCUCGCUGACAUCGAGAGACACAAACUCAAAGUCGCAACUGGCAGUCUCAAGGCCGUUGAUCGAAAGGGCAUGUUUAUUGCCCCGGUCAUUGUCGACAACCCACCGGAGGACUCCCGCGCUCACCCGGGCCAGCGGGGAUCUUUCACGCUCCUGGAAAAGGACAAGAGCGCACCCCAGAACCUGGACAUCGAGAUCCAACAGAGUAUAUGGCGGCAGAGUCUGGUGUGGGCCAAGGUGAUGGAGAAGGAUACCGUCCUCACUCUCACGGCGAAUUGGUAG